AUGGAUUUCGGGUCCUUGGAGACUGUCGUGGCCAACUCUGCCUUCAUCGCUGCCCGUGGCAGCUUUGAUGGAAGCAGCACCUCCUCUUCCCGGGACAAGAAGUAUCUGGCCAAGCUCCGGUUGCCCCCACUGUCCAAGUGCGAGGGUCUCCGUGACAACCUCAACCUGGAGUUUGAGAGCCUGUGCUCAGAGCAACCCAUUGGCAAGAGGCUCUUCCAGCAGUUCCUGAAGACAGAUGACAGGCACGUGCCAGCCCUGGAGCUCUGGAAGGACAUUGAGGACUAUGACACGGCCGAUGAUGACCUGCGGCCGCAGAAGGCACAGGCCAUCCUGGCCGACUACCUGGACCCCCAGGCCACGCUCUUCUGCAGUUUUCUGGACCAGGGCAUGGUAGCAAAAGUGAGGGAAGGGCCAAUGGGAAGCCAGGAUGGCCUCUUCCAGCCUCUGCUGCAGGCCACGCUGGACCACUUGAGCCAGGCCCCCUUCCAGGAGUACCUGGAAAGCCUGUACUUCCUGCGGUUCCUCCAGUGGAAGUGGCUGGAAGCCCAGCCCAUAGGCGAAGACUGGUUCUUGGACUUCAGGGUCCUGGGGAAAGGGGGCUUUGGGGAGGUGUCCGCCUGCCAAAUGAAGGCGACCGGCAAGAUGUAUGCCUGUAAGAAGCUCAACAAGAAGCGUCUGAAGAAGAGGAAGGGUUACCAGGGUGCCAUGGUUGAGAAGAGGAUUCUGGCCAAAGUUCACAGCCCGUUCAUCGUGUCUCUGGCCUAUGCAUUCGAGACCAAGACUGACCUCUGUCUGGUGAUGACCAUCAUGAAUGGAGGUGACAUAAGGUACCACAUCUACAAUGUGGAUGAGGAGAACCCUGGCUUCCCAGAACCACGAGCAAUCUACUACACAGCACAGAUCAUCAGUGGCCUGGAGCACCUGCAUCAGAGGCGCAUUGUCUACCGUGACCUCAAGCCGGAAAAUGUGCUGUUGGACAAUGAUGGCAAUAUCCGAAUCUCUGACCUUGGAUUGGCUGUGGAGCUGAAGGAGGGGCAGAAUAAGACCAAGGGCUAUGCAGGGACCCCAGGUUUCAUGGCCCCUGAGCUCCUGCGUGGUGAAGAAUAUGACUUCUCUGUGGACUACUUUGCCCUGGGGGUCACGUUGUAUGAGAUGAUCGCAGCUAGAGGACCCUUCCGAGCCCGAGGAGAGAAGGUAGAGAACAAGGAACUCAAGCAGCGAAUCAUCUCAGAGCCCGUGAACUACCCAGACAAGUUCAGCCAGGCCAGCAAGGACUUCUGUGAGAGGCUGCUGGAGAAGGACCCGGAGAAGCGCCUGGGCUUCCGGGAUGGGACCUGCGAUGCACUGAGGGCUAACAUCCUCUUCAAAGACAUCAGCUGGAGGCAGCUUGAAGCCGGGAUGCUGAUCCCUCCAUUCAUCCCAGACUCUAGGACUGUCUAUGCCAAGAACAUACAGGACGUGGGUGCCUUUUCCACAGUCAAGGGUGUGGUUUUCGACAAAGCAGACACAGAGUUCUUCCAAGAAUUUGCCUCUGGCAACUGCCCCAUUCCUUGGCAAGAGGAGAUGAUUGAAACUGGUAUCUUUGGGGACCUGAAUGUGUGGCGCCCAGAUGGUCAAAUGCCAGAUGACAUGAAGGGAAUCACUGCGGAGGAGGCAGCCCCUGCAUCCAAGUCAGGAAUGUGUCUCAUCUCCUAGCCGCGUGUCUGAGGGAAGCAUGGAGCUGGUUGUGUAAAGAGAAGACGGUGUACUGAGUUCAUGGGAGACAUGUGACCCCGGCGUCAGCCUGUGCUCACCCCACCCAGGCCACCACGCAGCUGUGUCCCCUUUCGGUCUAGACCCUACAGACUUGGCAGUCCAUUUCUUUUGUCCUAUUUCACUCAAAAGAGACAAAAAGGCCUCAGAUUGAAUAACAAGGUACAAAUGCUCAAAGCAACUCUGUGUAUACAUGCGUGACCAGGAGCUUGGAUGGCCAGAAACCCACAUGCAGUAUGGAUCUCCUGGUACUUUGAGUCAAUGCUUCAGGGCAGGCUUGUUUGUUCCUGGUCAGUUCAGGGCUGCAUGCACUUAUGCAUCCCAAGGAGGACUGUACCCUGUGGGGGGAGUCUACCCCAGACCCUCCUUGCCUGGUUCCUGCCUCCUCAGCUGCCUUUACUGGUUACCACAUGCUCCAUAGACCUCAGUUUGGAGCUAUUGAGUCUUCAGGGAGUAGAAAGGAUAGAAUGACCUGGUCUUAGCUAAGAGCCAUUGCCUCCUCUCAAGAAUGGAGACAGCUACCUCAGACAGCUACAGCCUCUGUCCUUGGUCAACACCUUAUGUGGUAUAUACUCAGAUAUAGUCACGUCACGUGGUAGGGGCCCAAGUCUUUACAUGCUAAUGCCAUGUGUGUUGGAUGCCUGAGUGAAGGUAUGCUAUAUGUAGUGUGUGUUCAAGUCCUCACGCAGUCAUUACACCGGUAGUGGGUGUCUGUGUUCUCAGACCAUCUCUGUGCCACCAGUCCCUCCUUGUUUGCGAGGGAGGUGACCUACAUAUACCCAAUAAUUUUGGAAACUUGCUGGAUGAAGCCAGCGCUGGAAUGCAACACUGGACCAGAGUUCCCCAAGCUAUGAGGGAUGCAGACAUCUGUCAAGAGCAUGCCACCAAUAAGCCUCAGGCCAGCUGCAUUGUGGCUAUAGAUGUGCCUUGCACACAUGAUAACCUGGGGACUAAUGUUGGAUGCUAAAGAAGUCCAUGCUGGGACUCUGCUCUUCUCGGAGAAUCUGACACUGUGGGAUUGUGGGGUGCUCUGGAAGGGCCUUGGGGUGGUGCCCAUACCUCCUGGACCAUGGUCUGUGACCCCUUGGAAACCAGUAGUCCUGUAGUGUUAAGUGUGCUAUAGAUAAGGCAAGUCUCCCAUCAUCCCCUCCCCCUUCAUCCUAUAGAACAUCACACAGGUAGAGCAUCACGUAGGCAGAGCAUCAUACAUGUUCAAGUAUUGGAUGCAUAUUUUAUUUCAUUAUGUUCUGGAGCUCAUUUUAGUAUGCUCUUGGUUGAAGACCCUGGCAGUUUGGCUGUCUUGUCCUCGUCUUCGUUGGGUUGGAGGAGUGUGAAAAGAGUGGGCUCCAGCAGCCACAGCAGGUUUCGGGGAGGCCUGGUCCUCGUUACAUUAGCCAUCACCCCUGUUUAGCUCAUGGAACCUGUGUGACUGCAGAGGCUCAGGGCCAGGCCCCUCCUCACCCUGCACUAUAGACAAAAGAGCAAGACACUCAGUCCAGUUCCAACCUCAGACACAGAGUGAACAUUUUCCCAGUGUAAGUAUGUCUCAGCAGUAUUUGGGACAUACCUGAACUAAGACUAUUCACUGUUUGUGCAGAAUUCAGAUUUAAUUGUAUGUUCUGUCGGUCUUCUGAAACCCUCUAAAUCUAGCCAGCCUCCUGCAGGCCAUCAACAAGCAGGGGUGAAACUGGGAGCGAUAUUGAUUUGCGUUUCUUUUUGUCUUAGGGUCUAAUCAGGGGAAGUCUCUUCUCACUUUUGAGUGUCACUCACAUAUGUAAGAUUGAAUGUCACUCUAAGAGAUACGUUCUACGGCUCAGUUAGCGAGCACAGACACCCCAGCAGCCAUGUUCUUGGAUGUACAUCCAGGGCCCUGCUAGCUUCAUCGGAGGGGUGGUGCUGGGAGGAGAAGGAGGAACUGCUCGCUCUGUGCUCGCUGGAUGGAGCCAACUCUUUGUCCUGAGGUUUCUUUGACCAUUUUUGGGGACCUCCACUGUAGGUGUUCUCUCAGGGACAGUAGCCUUUUGGCCUGAAGAGUUUCCACAUUCUCACUGGCCCUCCUCACCCCUAGAGAUUAUAAACUCCUAGAGAUUGUAGGUCCUAGAGCUCAGGUCUUGUCUGGACACUGAUCCCCGGGAGCUGCAGUCACCCGCUUUGGUUCUGACAGUUGCCGGCCACCUUGUUUAUAAUCUCCCAGAAGACGUAACACAGGACUAACACCAGUUGUAGGAUGUCAUGGACACUGCUACACAGGCCUGUUCUAGGGUCUCUACAAGAAGGGACCUUUUUAUCCUCAAGAUGAGGAGAUAGCCCUAGGACUGGAAGCCUACCUGGAAGCCCUGUGAGACACAGGUUGUCUCGUGCCCAGGUUACCAGCAAGCUGUGAACUGCUUCACUUUUGAUUACCCAGAGAUAUACAACUGUGCUGAAAUUCAUUUCUGCCAUGACUCUAAUAAUUCUUCACCCUCAGAAGGGACCUGGUAGAGGAGGCACCUUAGACUAGACAGAGAGGACUCUGGGAGCUGGAGGUCAUUUAGUGAAAGGCAGGAACCCACUAUGAGGAGUAGGGCCAUAUCAGCUUUUGUAGCAUUGUAUUCAAACUGGCUUUGGACUUUAUCCCUUUUUUUGACUUCACUGAUAAUUAAGGAAUAGUUAUCAAGGAUGAUGAAAUUCUGCAGCAGGCCCUGAAACUCUUCCCAAACCUAAAGUCGUAUCACAAGUGGUCUAUGAAGCUAAGCAACCAAGUCUGUGACUAUGAUUUGAUGAAGAAGUUUAGCACAUGCCCAAAGAUCAGUGUUUCGGAGGUUGUACCUCCUGUGAGGUCAUGUGAGUAGUGGUGGGAUCUUUAAGAGGUGAGUGUAGGAGCUGGUCUUUGGGGGAGUGCUUUGGAAAGGCUUAGCUAUUUCUGUGGGGUUAUGACUGGUCUGGAAGAGACUGGGUUCCACUACAGGUGUUAGUCCAACCUCUGAGCUCCCUGGCUUCCUGUCUGUCUGUUUCACAGCAGGGUGUGAGUCCAUUGUGCCAUUUCCAGUGGCCAAACAAAUGGGACCACUCAUUUUGGCUUCCCAGCUUCCAAAACUAGGGGUUAAAUAAACCUCUUCACAAAUUACCCCAUCUGUGGUAUUUUGUUAUAGCGAUAGGAAGUGAACAAACUAUCAACUGUAGAAUUUUACAUCCAUACAAAGUAGACUUCUGGUUCCAGACAAGAUGGUAUUCAUACACUGUGGUGGUUUGAAUAGGAAUGGCCCCUAAAGGCUUAUAUAUUUAAAUGCUUGGUUAUUAGGGAUCAGGAGGUGUGGCUUUGUUGG